CGUUAGCUAACUUGACGCUGGUCCGCUAACUUCUGUGUGGUCAGCCAACCGAAGCAUGGGGUCCUUUGACUCAACGUUUUUUGCUCGCUAGCGUUAUAUGAUAAAAAUGCCGUACCGAUGGUGUUGAUACAAGCGAUAUCUGCGGUUUCAUUUAAUUUAAUUGUUUUUCAAAACGGAAAUACUAGUCUGUGCGUAACAACGAACUCUUCUUCUCUGUAUCCCUCAUCUCCUUGCCCAGCCAGCGUCCUGUGAACACCGCUAGCUAUGAUGUGAUUAUGAAUAACAGCCGUAGAGGGAAGUUAUAAUUGGCAUUAUCAUAGCUGAAUGGCUACAAUAGCAGCUUGUCUGCCUUCGUUUUACGCCUGCAUGCUGUUAUUUCGAUAGCCAUUUGAGCUCCGCGUCGUCGGGAGGAACCGUUCUUGGCGGAAAUAACCGAAGAGACCGCAUCCACAGCACUGUAGUUCACGUCCUGAAAGAUGUCUUUCUUCAAUUUUCGGAAGAUAUUCAAGUUAGGGCCCGACAAGAAGAAGAAGCAGUAUGAACAUGUACACAGAGACGUCAACCCAGAGGAAAUAUGGGACAUCAUUGGGGAGCUGGGAGAUGGAGCGUUUGGAAAAGUGUACAAGGCUCAGAACAAGCAGAAUGGGACCCUCGCUGCUGCCAAGGUUAUUGACACAAAGACAGAGGAUGAAUUGGAGGAUUACAUGGUAGAGAUUGACAUCCUGGCUUCCUGCAACCACCAUCACAUCGUCAAACUGCUGGAUGCCUUCUAUUUUGAAGGCAAACUUUGGAUUCUGAUUGAGUUCUGUGCGGGUGGUGCAGUGGAUGCCAUCAUGCUGGAGCUGGAGAGGCCCCUGACAGAGCCCCAGAUCCGUGUGGUGUGUAGGCAGACCUUGGAGGCCUUGUCUUACCUCCAUGAGAACAAAAUCAUCCACAGAGACUUGAAAGCCGGGAACAUUCUCCUCUCCUUGGAUGGAGAAGUGAAGCUGGCUGACUUUGGGGUGUCUGCUAAAAAUACCAAGACGUUACAAAGAAGAGAUUCUUUCAUCGGCACUCCGUAUUGGAUGGCCCCAGAGGUGGUAAUGUGUGAAACUUCUAAGGACCGUCCAUACGACUACAAGGCCGACAUCUGGUCCCUCGGGGUUACCCUGAUAGAGCUGGCGCAGAUUGAGCCACCCAACCACGAGAUGAAUCCCAUGAGAGUGCUGCUGAAAAUAGCCAAGUCCGAGCCGCCCACACUCAUGCAUCCCUCUCGCUGGUCACCAGAAUUUAACGACUUCCUGCGGAAAGCACUUGAUAAGAAUGUAGACAAUAGGUGGGGCACACUGCAGCUCCUACAGCAUCCGUUUGUCACCAGUGUAACUGAUAGCAGACCUCUCAGAGAGCUUAUAGCCGAGGCCAAAGCUGAAGUCACGGAGGAGAUCGAGGACAGCAAAGAGGAGGAUGAGGAGGAGGAGCCUGACACACCUCUGGCGGCUCCUGGGCACAAGCGAGCACCAUCAGAUGCCAGUGUUGCCAGCUCAGAGGACGACAAAGUCCCACCAACUCCUUCCACGCUGGAAUCUGUCACAGAGAAGACGGAGGCUGAGCCUGCUGAGGACCGGACCAGUGACAAGCUCUCUGACGAAGGACUUGGAACAAGUGAGGUCGACAAGACUGAGGAGGAGAAACUCAAUGAGGUGUCUGACGCCAGUAAUGAAGACCUGGCUUCUGGGCUCAUAGAGCCCACCAAGGACUUAAUCUCACAAGAACCCACAGAGCCUACUAAACCAGAAGAUGGUCCAGCCGAAGAGAUUCCUGCUGAGCCCAUAGUAUCACAGCCAGAAGAGCCAGUAGAAGCAGCGGAUAUACCAGAAGUUGAAACAGACGGUCAAGAAGCAGAGGAGGAACAAAAGGAGCCACAAGAAGAGAAAACAGAGAAUGAACCUGCCCGGGUAAUAGAAGAAGAACAAGAGCCUGAGAAGGUGAAAGAUGAGGACGAAAAAGAAGCUGAUACAGAAUUUAGAGAAUCACAAGAGCAACCUGAAGAUACACCAGAAGAACCAGAAUCUGUAUCAGAAGAAGUGGCACAGGCAGAAGAAGAAAGCAAAGAGCCAGAUGAAGAGACACCUCAACAUAAAUUGACAGAGGACAUAGUAGAAGACACAGCUAAUGGCACAGACGUUAUUAUAAACACAGAGAAUAUAGAAUCAAAUGUAGUGGACACAAGCAUAAAUGGAGAAACAGAUACAAAGUCGAGUGUGGACAAGACGUCCACUGAGGUUGAGAAAGAGGCCGUAGAGAGUCAGCCGGAGGAAAAGCCUAAGGAUGAGGCCCCAGAGGAGGCAAAGCAGCCUGAACAAGAGAAUGAGACCAGAGAGGAGGUUGAUCUGGAGGAACAGGCCCCAACUGAAUCCACAAAUGGAGUUAGUGAUGAAGCCAAAGAGACCACUGACGAUUCAGAACAAGUGGUUGUAUGUGAAGAUGUCCCUGUGAAGGAAGAUGAGGAGAAAGACACCCAUGCAGAUGAAAGCACGUCCCAAGAUACUGUGUCGGUCCUGGAAAGUGAAACAGACUCAGAGAGCAAGAUCGAGCAUGGAAGCCCUGCUGUGAUCAAGCCGGAUCUGGAGAAGGACUCUGACUCUGGAAGCAGCUCGGCUGCUGAUAGCAACAGCCUUGACCUCAAUCUGUCCAUCUCCAGCUUCCUGUCCAAGAGUAAAGAAGGAGGCUCUGUGUCUAUGCAGGAGUCAAAACGUCAGAAGAAGACUCUGAAGAAGACACGGAAGUUCAUGGUGGAUGGUGUGGAAGUAAGCGUGACGACAUCAAAGAUCGUGACAGAUAACGACACCAAGAGCGAAGAGAUGAGAUUCCUGAGGCGGCAGGAGUUGAGAGAGCUGCGCCUCCUGCAGAAAGAGGAGCAGAGGGCCCAGCAGCAGCUGAGCAACAAGCUGCAGCAGCAGAGAGAGCAGAUCUACCGGCGCUUUGAACAGGAAACUACUGCUAAAAAGCGUCAGUAUGACCAAGAAGUGGAGAACCUUGAGAAGAAGCAGAAGCAGACCAUUGAGCGACUGGAACAGGAUCACACCAGCCGGCUCCGAGACGAAGCCAAACGCAUCAAAGCGGAUCAAGACAAGGAACUCUCCAAGUUCCAAAACAUGCUGAAGAACCGAAAGAAAGAGGCCAAACAGGAAGUUGGACAGUCACCCAAACAUAUGAGAAAAGAGCUCAUGAAACGCAUAAAGGAGGACCUAUCGCUCCUUAAGACCGCAGAGGAGCAGGAGUUCCUACAGAAGCAGCAGCAAGAGCUGGACGGAGCUCUGAAGAAAAUCAUCCAGCAGCAUAAAGUGGAGAUUGCCACUAUUGAGAGAGACUGCCUGAACCACAAGCAGCAGCUGAUGAGAGCUCGAGAGGCAGCCAUGUGGGAGCUGGAGGAGCGCCACCUGCAGGAGAAGCACCAGCAGCUGAAGCAGCAGCUAAAGGACCAGUACUUCCUGCAGAGACACCAGCUACUGAAGAGGCACGAGAAAGAAAUGGAGCAGAUGCAGCGCUACAACCAGCGGCUGAUAGAGGAGAUGAAGAACAAACAGACUCAAGAGAGGGUUCGUCUGCCUAAGAUUCAGCGCAGUGAGGCCAAAACACGCAUGGCCAUGUACAAGAAGAGCCUCCGCAUCACCGCCACGGCGGCUGUCACACCUGAGCAGGAGAGGGAGCGGAUAAAACAGUUUGCCGUACAGGAAGACAAGAGGCAGAAGAAUGAGAGGCUCCAUCAACACCAGAAACACGAGAACCAGAUGAGAGAUCUGCAGCUGCAGUGUGACUCAAACAUCAGGGAGCUGCAGCAGCUACAGAAUGAGAAAUGCCACCUUCUGAUUGAACAUGAGACCCAAAAGCUGAAGGAGCUGGACGAGGAGCACAGCCAGGAGAUAAAGGAGUGGAGAGAGAAGCUGAGACCCAGGAAGAAGGCGCUAGAGGAGGAGUUCACACGGAAGCUGCAGGAGCAGGAGGUCUUCUUCAAGAUGAGCGGCGAAUCCGAAUGCCUUAACCCCACCACCCAGAGUCGAGUAUCCAAAUUCUACCCCAUCCCAAACCUGCACAACUCUGGUUUAUAGCCUCGUGUCUGUCCGUGCUACAAAACAGACUCAAACUCGGCUGCGCUCACAGACUCUUCUUGGUGGAGUGACAUCAUUUCUCCGACCGCUACUGAUAAAAAUAUUAAAAAACCACUGCUUUGAUUCCACCUAUAGUGAGCAUGACGUGCCUACACACCGCUCCCUCACUUGAUCAAAUUUUUCCUCAGCUUGUUGGGUAAUCCAACAAUAAUAAAUAUGCACUUUUUUGAGCAUGUUCAAAUUUUAAAAGCCUGCAGUCAGUAGCGAAGGCCAAUCAUGCUUAUCAGAUUAGUGUAAGCACAGCCUGCUACAGUACGAAUGAUCUCCAGUGCCUCAUUUUCUUUUUGCAUUUAGGCCCCUUCCCUGUGUUUUACAGUAAAUACAGCGAAUGUCUUGCACUUAAAUACCUGGCUAUCAUUUCCACCUGCAAUCACAAGAUGUUGGGAGAUUAUUUUAAAUCAUUUCACAUAAACUGGCGACUAAGACAACUCUGAGAUUUCGAGUUGCUGCAUGGACGGUAGAGCUGGUUCAAGGGAGAUACGUGCUGAUGUAGUUGUAAGACUUUGUCUCGGCUGUGUGGUCUAACGUCAGCCAUGUUGGGAUCAUAAAAUUAAAAGGAAUGUACUGUGUUGUAAAUGAUGCGCUGAGUGAAAUGUUACAUGUGUGUACCUACGUAUGAAGUUUAAUCAGAUACUGUCUGUGCUUGCCAUGAGGAUUUUAAAACCUUGGGAACAAGAAUAUAUCUUACUGCUUUGGCACAUAAUUUCAUUUCAGUGCUUUACUCCUGCUUAGUUAAACACAGAGGUGACCUGUUGCUUCCCGGAGAAUGGUUAAAUAUGUUCUUUUUUAAUAUAUAUAGACAUAUAUAUAGAAAUAAAUCACCUUGAAAUGAAAACUAAAGGAAUGUAAAGCUGUUGAUUUGCACUGUUUUGCCACAUGAGCUAAAGAAAAAAAUAUGCAGUAGUCUUUUUUGACAGCGAGUCACCUUCGUCUCACCCAAGCCUAUUCAAACUCCAAACUGACUGAAUUGAACUUUUAUUUUUACUUAUAAUUUUACUUUUUUUUUCAAAUAUGCCCUUUAGUAUUUUAAGACCACAUCUAGUUUUCUAAACAUGUAUUCCUGAUAUAUCGAUACUGUAAUCGCUCUUUUCUGUGAGCUGUCGGCUCUUGUUGAAACCAGUGUUGUGUGAAAGGUGGAAGUAUCUGUAUGAGGAGACGUCCUUCGCUGUAUUUUAGGAACAAAAGUAUUGAUGGUUUUCAAAAAGAGAUUUCCUGGUUAGUUUAUUUUGCAUAUCAUCGGUGCAUGUUUUAAUUUCCGUAUGCUGACAUUAACAUCGACUCCUUUUUUGUCAUGAAUGCUGGGUUUUUGUCGGGGUCAUUGGAGACUGCAUACUGUGCGUUACACCACACGCCCCAUAGAUUUCAAAUAUUUUUUUUAUUUUGUUAAGUUACAGCAUUUCGAUAAGUUGUACCACGAUGAAUAUUAUUUUGAUGUCAGAUCAAAUGUAUUUAAAGUGUCUUUAUAAAUUGACUUUUUUUGUUGUUGUAAAUAAAAUAUUGACUGUUUAUUUGA